AUGGCCACGGCGAUUAUAUCAAGUCUGGCCUUCUGUCUGAUCAUCUUGUCCAUCUCCCACAAGGUGGUCUACAACCUGUACUUCCACCCACUCGCCAGGUUUCCAGGCCCCUCGUUAUGGUGCGCAUCGCGGAUACCGUAUCUCUGGAAGUUGUGCCGUGGCAAGCUCCCGGGUAAGAUCAGAGCCUACCAUGACAAGUACGGUCCGGUCGUACGCAUCGCACCAGACGAGCUGUCGUUUGAUGAUCCGGCUGCAUGGAGAGAGAUAUAUUUAGAUCAGACUCUAGAGCAGCCUUCUCGACGCAGAACAAAGCCAACUGGGUUGUUUAUGGAAAAUCUUAUUGUCGCCCAUCCCGAAACCCAACCUCCCAGAUGUCUCGAGUUGGCAUCCUUUGAUAUCGCCGCCGAGGUCAUCUGGGGCAGCAGCUUUGAGUGUCUGGAGGGUGGACAGGGCAAUGUAGUGGUGGACUAUGCAUUAUCACGCAAAGAAAGGCUCAUCGCUAUGGCUCUUACAUUCUACCCUUUCCUUGCGUUCCUCUCGCCUCUUCUGUCCCUGUCCAGCACCAGAACCACCACUUUACAGCUCUUCAGGAGAAAGACCACGGAGCGCAUAUCAAAACACCAAGCGACAUCUUCAGGUCAACAAUCUCAACCAGAUGUCCUCGGCUCCAUACUUCAAUCACGAGCAUCGGAGACUCUUCCCGUCACUGCACUGGAACAGACGCCGGUGGAACUUGUCAUGGAUGGCGGUGGACCUAUAGCCGCCGUGCUUAUUGGGACCUUGAAUAACCUCCUUCGUAACCCUUCCAAGUAUGACUAUCUUGUCCAGGAGGUCCGCGGCUCAUUCAAACGUGAAACUGACAUCAACGGCUCUGCAACCCGUCCAUUGCCUUAUCUGCACGCGGUGGUCACGGAAGGACUGCGCAUCGCCCCUCCAUUCCCGGAUGGAGUACGUCGUGUGGUUCCUGCAGGUGGCAUAACCGUGGCGGGCUGUCCUGUGCCGCCAAAGACGGUUGUGUCGACGGGAUGCUGGGUACAGUUCAUGAACCCGAGGAACUUUGCAUGUCCAGAAGAAUUCGUUCCGGAGAGGUGGUUGCAUGCAAAAGGGGCGGGGGCGAUUGGUGGCCGGACGAUCGUCGACACUGCAAAUAAGGACGCUUUUUACCCAUUUGGACUUGGAGCUCGACAAUGUCUGGGUGAGCCGCUGGCCUGGCUUGAGCUGAAGCUGACUCUGGCGAGGCUGUUGUGGAAUUUCGAUAUCAGCAUACCCCCGGAAAAGACUCUACCUGUGUGGGGUGAACAGGAUGUGUUCUGGACCUGGAAUGUGCAGCCUAUGGAAGUAUCGUUGCGAUUGUGCCGGAGAUUUUGA